CUCCUCCUCUCACACAUUUGCUCCGGACGGACGCUGCUUGUCUCUCGCAAACGACACUCUGCCUGUGGUGGUUAUAACAACUGCUGCCAACUGCUUCGUUUAAACGCCUAAACAUGUCGUUUGUGCCUGUGCCGGAGGACUGCGACUUUUCGUACGCCAACCUGCCGUAUGGGAUCUUCUCUACGCCGACAAACAAAACACCUCGCCCUGGCGUAGCUAUUGGAGAUUACAUCCUUGAUUUGACCGUGGUGAAGCACUUCUUCACUGGGCCCCACUUGAAACAAUCGCAGCAUGUGUUUGAACAGAAAACCCUAAAUGAGUUCAUGGCUUUGGGCAGACCAGCUUGGGUGGAAGCCCGACAGGUGAUUCAGAAGUUGCUAUCCAAGAAUGAGCCAGUUUUGAAGGAUGACAUUGCUCUAAAAGCCAAGGCACUGGUCCCAAUGUCGCAAGCAACAAUGCACUUACCGGCACAAAUCGGUGACUACACAGACUUUUAUUCAUCCAAGCAGCAUGCCACAAAUGUUGGCAUAAUGUUCCGUGGCAAAGACAAUCCCCUGUUACCAAACUGGAAGUACUUGCCUGUUGGGUACCAUGGUCGCUCCUCUUCAGUUGUUGUCUCAGGAACUCCAAUUCGUCGUCCCAAUGGACAGACAAAGCCCGAUGACACCAAGCCCCCUGUGUUUGGACCAUGUCGGUUGAUGGACUUUGAGCUGGAGAUGGCAUUCUUCGUUGGUCCAGCGAAUAAGCUGGGUGAUCCAGUCCCAGUGCAGCAGGCUCACGACCACAUCUUCGGAAUGGUGCUCAUGAAUGACUGGAGCGCACGUGACUUGCAGAAGUGGGAAUAUGUGCCACUGGGUCCGUUCACGGCCAAGAACCUGGGCACAACCAUCAGUCCUUGGGUUGUUACCAUGGAAGCGCUUGAGCCAUUCCGCUGCGCAAAUGUGUCGCAAGACCCAGCUCCGAUGCCCUACCUGACUCAUUCGGACAACUACAACUUUGACAUCAAUCUUCAGGUGGACCUUAAGCCAAAAGACGCUGCAGCAGUAACUACUCUGUGCAAGUCCAACUUCAAGCACAUGUACUGGACUAUGAAACAGCAACUGGCUCACCACACCAUAACUGGUUGCAACCUGAACCCUGGAGACUUGCUGGGCUCUGGAACCAUCAGUGGAUCGACUGAGGACUCUUACGGCUCGAUGCUUGAGCUCUGCUGGAAGGGAACGAAGCCUAUUCCCCUGAACAAUGGAGAAACAAGGACAUUUUUGAAAGAUGAGGAUGAAGUUAUCCUGAGAGGUUAUUGCCAAGGACAAGGUCACCGUGUUGGAUUUGGAGAGUGCAGAGGUGUCAUACUGCCAGCGCAUCCCCUUUGAGAAUGUAAGCACACGGAAAGCAGGGUUCAGCAAGCAAGCAUGCCAAGCAGGGAAUGUGGGAAUAAAUACUUUUGCAUUUA